AUGUUUCAUUCUCCCCUCUCCAUUUUCAACCUCUUCAUUUUCUGCACUCUGCAACUGAGCAGAUUUUCCAAUGCUCAGAAUGCCGUUUCAACGACGACUUCAUAUGCGGGGACACCAACCAGUUUCAGACCCGUAUUCACUGUGCCGUCGUCUGCUGAUGUCGGCGCAACGUUGAUACCUAACAUUGAAGACCCGCAAGCCAAAGAUGCUCAAAAUGUUUGUCCCGGAUACACUGCCUCUAAUGUUGCUCGAAACCCACUGGGGUUGACAGCGACCUUGACGCUAGCCGGCUCAUCAUGCGAUGUAUACGGGAACGAUAUCCAUACCUUGAACCUGACCGUCCAGUAUCAAUCCGCAGAUCGCCUUGCUAUCAGGAUUACGCCAGCGGUGAUCGACGCUUCGAACUCUUCUUACUACAACUUGCCAAGCUACAUUGUUCACCAGCCCACUCCUGAUGCUGAUGCGAACAGCACGAGCUUGUCAAGCGAUCUGAGUUUUGUAUGGAGUAAUGAUCCGACAUUCUCGUUUUCCGUCUACAGAGUCUCUACUGGUGACACCCUUUUCUCAACACUUGGGACAAAGCUGGUAUUCGAAGAUCAAUUCGUGGAGUUCGCCAGCACUCUGCCUGAUAAUUAUAACCUUUACGGAUUGGGGGAGACAAUCCAUGCACUCAGGCUGGGAAACAACUUCACUAAAACGAUGUAUGCCGCUGAUACAGGAGAUACGAUCGACACGAAUUUGUACGGCUCGCACCCUUUCUACUUAGACACGAGGUACUACGAAGCCGACACCAAUGGCAAUCUUUCGCUGGUCACCGCUAAUGAGACUACUGCAACCGCGGACUAUGUAUCAUACUCACAUGGAGUGUACAACCGUAACGCCCACGGCCAAGAGAUACUUCUGAGGCCAACAAACAUCACCUGGCGUCUCCUUGGAGGUAGUAUCGACAUGUAUGUCUUCGCAGGGCCCACCCAACCAGAGAUCACCGCAGCAUAUCAGAUGAGUGCUGUCGGGCUACCAACCAUGCAACAAUACUUCACGUUCGGAUUCCACCAGUGCAGAUGGGGCUAUGCGAACUGGACUGUACUCCAAUCCGUGGUCGAUAACUACGAGGCGUUCGGGAUUCCGUUGGAAAACAUAUGGACUGAUAUCGAUUACAUGAGCCAGUAUAGAGAUUUCGACAACGACCCCAUCCGGUUUAAUUACAGCGAAGGAGCGGGCUUCCUAUCCGCUCUUCAUGCUAGUGGUAAGCAUUACAUACCCAUCAUUGACUCGGCCAUCUAUGUUCCAAACCCAUCGAACGCCAGUGAUAAUUACAGCACAUUCGACAAUGGCAAUGCGACAGAUGCUUUCAUGACCAAUCCAGAUGGUAGCUUGUACAUCGGUGAUGUCUGGCCGGGCUACACCGUCUUCCCCGAUUGGAUUUCUGGAGGUGCCGGACAAUGGUGGAUCAACGAGAUGGUCAAUUGGCAUAGCAAGUUGGCCUUUGACGGAGCAUGGAUCGACAUGUCAGAAGCCUCAUCUUUCUGUGUGGGCAGCUGUGGUUCGGAGAACAUCACCUUGAAUCCCGUGCACCCGUCUUUUGCGCUUCCUGGCGAACCGGGCAACGUUGUUUACGGCUACCCAGAGGGCUUCAAUUUGACAAACGCCACGGAGGCAGCUUCAGCUUCUUCCGCAGCAGCUAGCCAGUCGUCAGCUAAUGCCGCGGCUUCUUCUUCUGGUGAUACUAUUUAUCUAAGGACUAUUCCUACUCCAGGCGUGCGGGACGUCAACCACCCUCCCUAUGUGAUCAACAAUGUCCAGGGCGAUCUUGCGGUGCACGCAAUAUCGCCGAAUGCCACUCAUGCGGACGGUACGCAGGAAUACGAACUCCAUAAUUUGUUCGGCCACCAGAUCCUGAACGCGACCUAUCAUGCGCUCCUGGCCGCAAUACCAAUAGUGCGGCCGUUCAUCAUUGGUCGAUCAACUUUUGCGGGCAGUGGCAAGUGGGCAGGGCACUGGGGUGGUGACAAUACGAGUCUCUUUGCUUAUAUGUUCUUCUCUAUCCCUCAAGCUCUAUCGUUCUCCUUAUUCGGCAUCCCUAUGUUCGGCGUUGAUACCUGCGGUUUCAACGGCAACACGGACGAAGAGUUAUGCAACCGUUGGAUGCAGCUGUCCGCUUUCUUCCCUUUCUACCGGAAUCACAAUACACUUGGCGCCAAUUCGCAGGAGGCGUACAUAUGGUCAUCUGUCAUCGAUGCCAGCAAGACAGCAAUGAACAUCAGAUAUCAGCUCUUGCCAUACAUAUACACCCUGUUCUACCUGGCUCAUAACACUGGCUCAACCGUUAUGCGUGCUUUAGCCUGGGAGUUUCCUCAUGAUCCCUCCCUCGCAGCCGCAGACCGGCAAUUCUUCCUUGGACCAGCCAUUCUUGUCACACCGGUCCUAGACCAAGGAGCCACCUCCGUCGACGGAGUCUUUCCCGGCGUGGGCAAAGGCGAGGUGUACUACGAUUGGUACACACUUGCUGCCGUCGAUGCAUCAGCUGGAGAGAACGUAACGAUUGACGCACCGUUGGGCCACAUUCCUGUCUACGUCCGAGGCAACAACGUGAUACCGACGCAGGAGCCGGCGUUGGUGACCAGAGACGCACGGAAGAACCCCUGGGGUGUGAUCGCUGCCCUGAGUCUGGAGGGAUCUGCGAGUGGGAGUCUCUAUGUCGAUGAUGGCGCGAGUCUGGUGCCGAACGCAACGCUUUACGUCGAGUUCACCGCUUCAAACAACGCUCUGUACGCCUCAGGGCGUGGUAUGUAUAUAGACACCAACCCGCUCGCCAACGUCACUGUCCUAGGCGUUCAGGAUGCCGUUACUAAUGUGUCGCUGAACGGCAUGGCUGUAGGGGGUAGCAGUGUCAAUUAUAACGCGUCAAGCAAGGCAUUGACGGUGACGGGCCUCAACAAUGCGACGAGUGCAGGGGCUUGGAGCAAGGACUGGGUGCUGAGAUGGGGUUGA